GCCAAGAAGAGAUGCCAGAGACACUUCGCAUGGAGACAGUUCCAGACAAAAGAAAUAAUGAUUUAAUCGACGAGAUAAAAGCUCGUCUCAUAGAUUUUUCAAAUAAAUCCCCUGAGGAAAUGAGGAAAGGCCUUGAAGUCAUGUGCGAAAAAUUGAGAAAGCUUAAAACGCCAUCUGCAUGUGCAUCUUAUUUGGCAAAUUUUGGUGAAGGAAAAUCUAGAAAAAAUCGUGGUAACUAUAUUCCCGUUCAGCCCACUGCAAUAAGCAGAAGAAAAAACAAGUUGGCAGGUCGCAGAUGUCAUCCGGGGGGAAGACAAAGACCACACUCUAAGCAAAGCAAGGAAUUUGUAAAGACAGUAGAAAUUUCUGAAAUGGCUACCUUUCCAUCACCAGCUACGCAAUCAUCCCAGUCAGCUUCAGACUUUUGAAGAAGGUGCGCGACUAUUUACUGCAGCAUAGUGUGUAGGAUUUUCUUAAUCUGAGAUCCAACGUAAUGGAAUUCUUAAGGGAAUGAUUGUAGUAAUUAAGUUUUUUCUUAAAGCUCAGGCCUAGCCUGACUGCUGAAAUAUAUUAAGUUUUUUUGUUGUAGCUCGGGUCUGACCCGAUUAUUCCCGGCGGGGUCAGGGAUUUUCUCUGCCUCGUGAUGACUGGGUGUUAUGCGAUGUCCUUAGGUUAGUUAGGUUUAAUUAGUUCUAAGUUCUAGGGGACUGAUGACCAUAGAUGUUAAGUCCCAUAGUGCUCAGAGCCACUUUCUAAUCCGAUUAUUGAAAUAAGUUUUUUCUUAAAGCUCAGACCAAACUUACUAUUGAAAUAUAGAAGUUCUUCUUUAAAUUGGGAUAUCCCAACAA